AAACUUGAAGUUAGUCGUCCGCUUAUGAAGAACAAAAAUUUUUGCUUGUUAUUUGGUCGAUGUUUUUAAACAUUUGCUUUUGUAACUAUGUACAUAAUGCUAUUAAAUAAUAUAGAAUUGUUUUUGGAAAGAAUAUUCAUUAUUUCAAAAUGGACUUGCAUUUUUCUUAUGCAUUAGGCCAUAAUUUUGAUAAUGACCAGUUAUGACUUACACGAGAUGAUCGUGGCAAAAAAUGUUCCCGGUUAAGAGCUAAUAGGAAAGCAGCCUAAAGCCCUUUCCUUGGCUCAUUCAAAACAAUUUUUUCUAGGGAAACACUGUACAUGUGUUUUAUACAACAUGAACAACAGGCAAGAAAUACAUGUCAUUUUUACGGUUAAAGCAACAAGAGUAUAAAAGAGAUGAGCAGCCUUCCGAUGAUAAAAAAUCGGGUCGACAAUAUCGUCGAUUCAAACAAAACAGCUUGCGGUUUGUUUAGCAGCUCGGUCUAUGUCGACAAGGCCGCUCUGAAACUGUUGAUGGACGACUGCUUGAAAAAGAAGGCGGAACUGGCCAGGUGCGAGAUGGAGAAGGAGAUCUACAAAGAGAAGGCUAGGGAAGCGAACGAAAAGCUCAGAUCAGCGACUGAACAGUUGGAGCGAUUGGCCAAGAUCGUCAAGAACGCGAGGUAUUCCAUUAACACCGACAAGGCGACGCCGACGUCCGCUUACAAGGAUUUAGCCCUCCUCCGGGAAAUGUCCGUUCGGUGCACCAUGUACGGCGAUUCUAAAAGACAGGACAGUACACUCCAGAAACUGGCCCGGGCCCAGAAGAUCAGGAACAGCAUGCAAGUCAAAAAGAUCGAUAUGAUCGAAGCAGAAAUCCACCGCCUCAAGGAUGAGAUUAACCGGGUUAAUAAAGGCAUGUUGAAGACCCGGGAAGUCAUCGGUGGUAAUACGACUCCACCCAUGUCUGAUGACAGAAAGAUCUUCGAAAGCGUCGAACUGAGGAGCGAAAUCAAGGAGCUUUCCAACCAGCUCAGAAUCGCCAAGGACGACGUGGAAAAACGGAAAAAAGACAUCGAACUUGUCAAAUCCCUCCUAUCGCAAAUAAGAAACAACUCCGUCAAAUUCUCAAAUAUGGUUAUGCUCGACUGACAAUCAUCGUGGACUAUCCUUCCUCAUUUUAAGUUGAAAAAUCGUCAACGAACAGUAGAAUCUUUUCUGCAAGCCGGUUCCAGGUCCAACAAGGUUUGUUGCAUAAUAUAUAAGUUCUACUACUACAUUAUAUUUGUUUUCUGACUACAGAAGCCAAACGUGCUGGCAGUUUCUACUCGUAAACACACCAAUUGUAUCAUAAAUAAAUAAAACUUACAAUUUAUCAUA